AAUUCGGCUACCGAACUGCCCCCUUGGCAAAUAGUGCCACAGAGCCGCAGGGCCCCCCCUAUUCAUAUAGAAAAUGUUAGGGAAAUCGUGCCACUUUUGGAAAAGCUAAAUUACUCAGCAGGGGUAGAUAGUUUUACAACAAAAACAUCUAUAGGAAACGGGGUAACUAUCCAGGCGAAAGACUUGACUGCACAUAGAACAAUUAAAGACAUACUAGCUAAAAGUGGUAUCCCAUUCUAUUCAAACCAGAAUAAAACUGAAAGGGGUUUCAGAGUUGUCAUUCGCCACCUGCACCCCACUACCCCUUGCUCGUGGAUCACUAGCGAGCUGCAGAAGCUCGGCCACCAGACUAAGUUCACAAGGAACAUGACAAACCCUGCAACUGGUGGCCCGAUGCGGAUGCAUGAGGUAGAAAUCGCCUCGGCCAUGGACGGAAGCCACCUUCGGAUCCUCUCCAUUAAACAACUAGGCGGACAAAAAGUGGAAAUAGAAAGGAAAAACAGGACGAGGGAACCGGUCCAGUGUUUCAGGUGCCAGGGUUUCAGGCAUGCUAGGAACACAUGCAUGAAGCCCCCAAGGUGCAUGAAGUGCGCUGGCCAGCAUUGGUCUAGUGAGUGCACCAAGCCCAGAUCAACCCCCGCCACCUGCUCAAACUGCCAAGGAAACCACAUCAGCGCAUACAAGGGGUGCCCUGUCUAUAAGGCAGAAAAGCGAAAACUAGCAGUAAACAGGAUAGAUUUUCAUAAAAUUAGGACAACGAUGGACGCUAAAACGAACAAUUACGAACGACAGCCCCCCCUCCCCUUCAACAAAACCCCCCGACUACCAUAUAGCACCAAAGCAGCCGAAGCCCGAAAGGAAGCCGCCAGGAAAUUUGAAAUGAAUCCUUUCCGGCAAAAUAUUAAGGAUGUCAGACCAUAUCAUAUACGACCUACAACACACGAUGCCGCCAUUCAAAAACGGCUGAAUAAAUGGCGCCGAAAUGCGGACAAGGGACCCACAAAAAAUAGGAUAAGCUCUAAGGACAAUUCCAAGCCGCGACCCCCAAAGACCCCAAGAAACCCGGCACAAAGACACCUCGAGGCCUUCAACGACAAGCUACGCAAGGAAAGGAGUGAUACCAAAGACCAAGCCCGCGAUGGAAUGACGACAAGCUCCAGGAGGGGUGAUGAUGGCAGCCCGCCAACAACAAGCAGAGCUGCCAGACUAAACUUCAGACCAAGAACGAUAAAGGAAGCCACCGUCGAGCCUGAGGCCGGGCAAAAGCACUCGCAAAGAGGACCUCCUGAUGACCUGAACCUUGCGCAACGCGUACUGACAAUGGAGAAGAAAAUUGACGCAUUAACGGAACUCCUUUUCAAAAGCCUCGGAACCAACAAAAAUCUGACCACAGUACAUCCCAUGUCCUCCUAAAAACCAUAAACC